CUUGGAAGUUGAUUGUGAACCGCUCGCGGUGGAUACCGUGGUCGGCAUCCAGUCGAAUCUUUUAUUGACUGCCCUGCUGGAAAGCCGGGGAAUCGCAACCGACCAAUUCACCGUGGAUCAAUGAUCCACGGCCGACAUCAGGAGUCAAAGACAAGAGAUCCUCUCCCCUUCUGAACUCAACACCUACGUCCAUCUUCGAGGUUCUUCUGAGUCCUCUCACCCAAGGUCCUUUGUUAAGUACGAAAUAUUUGGUACUAUCUAUUUGUUUUCGGAACCAACCACAUUCAAUCACCAUGGCAGAUCACCAAAAAUUUGCUCCUAAAGGCACUGUCCUGCUGACCGGAGCCAAUGGCGGACUUGGAGUAGCGAUGGUCAAGAAGAUCGUUUCGCGACCAGACCUAGCUAAUCUUCAAGGGCUCUAUGUGGUUCGAAAUGCGGCAUCAGCCCCAUCACUGCGUUCCGCUGUCGCUGGUGCCGUGCGUCCUCAUCCUCACGACGUGAUAUCGCUGGAUCUCACCCGGCUGGAUGAUGUACGCAAGGUGGCGGCAGACAUCAACGCACGUGUGGCAUCUGGGCAGAUCCCUCCGAUCCGUGCGCUUAUCCUCAACGCCGCAUAUCUCGAGUUUGAGCAGCAGACAUGGACAGAAGAUGGAUUCGAUACCACUUUUGCGUCUGCUUAUCUCGGCCACUGGCUUUUGACAAUGCUUCUCUUACAGAGUCUGGACCACCAGGUCGGCCGAAUUGUUGUAAUAGCUAGCUCUGCACACGACUCGCAAGACAGGCGGAACGAUGCGGGUGGCCAGUAUCUGGGUGAGAAGUGGCAGACAGUAUUCCACGACAGCACUGAGCCCAUCGCAAGAGGCACAUGGAGUACUACCAAGGAAGAUCCUUCUUUCCGCGGCGGCUUCAGGCGUUACGGCGCAGCGAAGCUCUGCCAAGUCAUGAUGAUGGCUGAACUCCAACGUCGCGUCGAUCUUGACCACGUUCUGAGCAACAUAUCCGUGCUUGCAAUUGAUCCUGGUUCCACGCCUACUCAACUGAUACGACGGGGCAACUGGAUGAUUCGUGGACACUGGACCUUUAUUAUGCCAUGGCUCGUAAUUAUUCUUACGUGGCUGUGGCCCAAUGGGUCAAAUCGGACCACCAAAAAGUCUUCCGGUGAUCUCAUUGCAGCGGCGUUCGACUCUAAUCCCACACUGGGCGAGAGGCCCAAGGGUCUCUAUUUGGACGGCGAGGAGCCACGGCAGAUGGCUGCUGAGGCCCGUGAUCCCAGGAAGCGUGAGAUCCUUUGGCAUGACACCGUAAGGUAUACGGGCUUGAAGGGCGACGAGACGGUCCUCUCCAACUGGGCAUAGAAUAGCGGAAGUUAAACUUGAA